GGCUCGCUGCAUUUGAGCCGCUUCCAGAAGCUGACAAACCAGACUGGUUAGAGCCAGGCUCGGCCCCAGCCCUGCCUGGCCCACGGCAGGAGGCAGCUGCCUGCGCGGGUGCCCGCCACGCCUGCACCCUUCUGGCACAGCGGGCAGCGCCCGGCAGCGCCCAGCUCGGUGCCCUCUCCUCUGGACCGUGGCGGGUCAGUACUGCGCUGGUGCUGGGGAGGAGGAAGAGGAGGAGGAGGAAGAGGCUGUUGGGUGCUCACGGUGCUGCCCCUCUUGGGGUGGCCUUUCGGUGAGGGUGAUGGGGCUGCACCCGGCGUCAGAGGCUCCUGACCCACUGCUCUGGGAGGGCGCCCCAAACCGCCCUGGAGGGAUGUUGCGGCUCUGUGCGGACACUGCUGCCUUCAAACCCUUCGGGCAGCCGUGCUGAGGGAGCCUCCUGCCCUGGAGCAGCACCCACAUCCCGCACCCAGCCCCGAGGGGCGUCGGGGGUCGGGGGCCGAGCGGGGUGGCCGCUCUGGCCACCCUGAUGGAGCCGGCGGAGGGCGAGGAGGCCGAGCCUGGCCCGCAGCCGGUGCGGGCGGCCGGUGGGGAAGGCUGUGCCGGGCAGAGGGACGAGAGCGAACCUGUGGGGCCGGGGGACCCCGGGGAGCCGCCCCGGCUCUGUGGAGAGGCGUCUGCUGCUGCCUGGGGAUGCUGGGACCCGCCGCCGGCGGAGGAUGCCAGGGAGCCGCUCCUGCCCGGGCAUGAGGAGCCGCCUGCCCGCGGUGCCUCCCUGCCUGCGGGGCAGGACCCUCCCGCUGCCGACACCGCCGGCCCCGUCCUGCCCCGCGGGGAGAGCCCGGCGCCGCGGGGGACAUCGCCCAGCUGCGAAAGCGUCUCCAGCUCCAUCCUGAGCCUCUUCGGCGAGGCAGAGGGCACAUCGAGCGAUGAGGUGGCGGUGGCAGCAGAGCCGUGCCCCGUGCUGGCGGGCAGCGACGAGGAGUGCCCCAUCUGCACGGAGCCCUACGACGAGCAGCGGCACAAGCCGGCCGUGCUGAACUGCAACCACGGGCUGUGCCGCGCCUGCCUGCGGGCCAUCAUGGCCACGGCCACCGGCGCCGAGCUCGGCCGCGUGCGCUGCCCCAUCUGCCGCCAGAAGACGCCCAUGCUGGAGUGGGAGAUCUGCAAGCUGCAAGAGGAGCUGCUCCUGCUGCACGCCCAGCCCGGCUCCCCCGGAGCCCUGGCCGCCUCCCGGCCCGCUGCCCUGCCGCCCCGGCGCCCGGGCCUGGCCGGCGCCCUCGAGCAUCGCUUCCAGGUGCGCUUCCACACCAGCCGCAUGUUCGGGUGCCUGCCCUGCGUGCGGUACCCGCCCUGCCUGAUCCGCGCCCUGGCCCGGCUGGAGCGGCGCUGCCGCUGCUGCUACCUCCUGCUGCUGGCGCUGCUGCUGGCGGCAGAGAUGCUCAGCCUGCUCCUCAUCUUCCUCCCCAUCGUCCUCAUGGUGAUGCUCUUCCUCAUCCUCGACAAAUAGCGCUGCGUUUGUGCCCGCAGGCUGAGCGUGCGUUGGAAGAGGAGCCCGGCUCUGGCUCGGCUGUGGUGACAGCCGGGAGCAAGCCUGUGACCCUGGUGCCUGCCAGUGAGCCCGGAGCGGGUGAGGCAGCGGAGGAGCAGGAGCAGGCAGCUGAGGGAGGCGGCCCUGGAGCUGGGCAUCACCUGCACCCGGGCACCAGGUGACUCAUCAGUGCCGCAGCCAAGGAGCGGAUGGAGUGGGAGCCCUUCCUGCGAUGGGCACAUCCCUGGCCUGGGGCUGGGGACCAGAGAGGCUCUGCGGGCAGAGCAGGGCUGUGCCGGGGGCUGUGCCAUGGAUUGUGCCACCUGCACCCAGGACAGAUGGGCCGGGAUCCCCCAGCAUGGACUGAAAAUACAACCUGUGUUUGUACCACA